GUCCCCCCCCCUCCUCUUCCCUUUCCUUUGCGCCGCCUCCGCCAUGCGGCCGUGCCCCCCCCCCACACACCCCCCCCGGUACCGGGACUGGGGGUACUGGGAGCAGCGGUACCGGCAGGGGGCUGCCGAGCCCCGGGAGUGGCUGGGGGGGUUCGCACGGUUCCGGGAGCUGCUGGAGGCUGAGAUCAAGCACGGGGAUAAGAUCCUCGUCCUAGGCUGUGGGACCAGCACCCUGAGCUACGACCUCCACGAGGGGGGCUACCGGGAUGUCACCAGCAUCGACUUCUCUCCGGCCUGCAUCGAGGCCAUGCGCGCCCGCUACUCCCACUGCCCCGGCCUGCGCUGGGCCGUCAUGGACGUGCGCUCCCUGGCCUUCCCCGACGCCUCCUUCGACGUGGUGCUGGAGAAGGCCACCCUGGACGUGCUGCUGGUGGACGAAAAGGACCCCUGGCGCGUCUCGGCCCCCGCCGCCGCCGCCAUGCACCGGGUGCUGGCGGAGGUGAGCCGGGUGCUGCGCCCGGGGGGGCGCUUCCUCUCCAUCACCUUCGCCCAGCCCCAUUUCCGCGCCCCCCACUACGCGCAGGAGGCCUUCGGCUGGUCCCUGCGGCACGCCGCCUGCGGGGACACCGCCUGCGGGGACGCCUUCCACUACUUCCUCUACGUCAUGUGCAAGGGGCAGCCCCUGACCCCCUCCCAGCUGGCCCUGGGGGAACGGCUCUGGCACCCCCCGCCGCCCCCCAGCCCGCCGCCCCCCCUGGAUGAGGAGGAGGACGAGGACUAUCUGCUCGCCAUUGAGCUGUGACCUGCCGGGGCGUGCACCCCCCCUGCCACCUCCGUGCCUUGCUCGGAUGGAUUUAUGGGGUGGGAGGGAUAAAGGGGGCUUCUCCUCGUCCUCCUGGGGGGCUCCUCGAGCUGGGGGGGGGUUCCCUGAGGAAGAAGGGGGGGAGCAGGGCAAAAAUCCCUUCCCCUCCCCAACAUCUCCCCGUGCUCUGCUCCUCUGGAGAGCAGCCAGGGCUCGGGGCUUUGCGGCCGGUAAUGAAACCGAAGCGGGUUUAAUUCCAGGCAGCCGUCCCGGGGGGGCAGCCCCUGGGUCUCCCCCCUUGAGCUGGGACAGGGGGACACCCCCGCGGAGGGGCGGCGGCGCAAGAUUUACCGGGUGCCAGGCUGCUAUUCCCGGCGAGGGCCCUAACUGGGUCACCGUGCCCCCGUCCCCAAGGACUCCAGGGUCAGACCCCAAAACCGGCGACCCCAAAUCCCAGAGGGGGUGGUGGUGGUGAAGGAGGGGGGGGGGGGGGAGAAGGAGCAGGCGGUGCCGGGCUGGCGUCGGUACAUGGAUGUAUUUUAUUCAUCGCAUUUUGUUCACCAGUACAGUGAAAAAUGGCAUUUCAAUUUACAAUGGAUCAUCCGUAGAACAUCAUGACACAAGGAUCUUUUUUCUUCUUUUUUUUGUGUUUUUUCUUUUUUUUUUCUUGUUUUCUUGUUGUUUUUUUUUUUCUUUUUUUUUUUUGCGUUGUUGUCUCCGUAAAUGCCACUCGUAGGUUAUUGUAAAAGAUGACGAGUUUUCUCAUGCACACCAAGACCCCCCCCCGAGAAGCUUCUUAAAAAAUAAAAUUAAAUUAAAGUACAAAAUUAAAAACGACAACUCAGGAACGGGCCCCUUCCCUCC